AAAAAAAUUAAAACAAUGAGCUUGAUUAAACUAUUCUAGUUUCAUUAUAUUUUUGCAGUCGCGACGAAAUCAUAUUACACUAAUUUUGAGGCAUGCAUGCAUUCUUUGCUAAUUAACAUGUAGUGCGGAAAAAUCGCUGACUGGUGAAAUUAAGAACAGCGUAGAAAAACAAGAGAACCGUGUUCGUUUUUUCUCAAUCUGAUGUCUGUGGAAAUGAUUUUACACGGUAACCUGUCUCCCGUUGCCUUCUGAUCUCUUCAUUACAGGUUGUUGAAUGUUGUAGACGUCGUCUCUAGGGAGGUUCUGGGGGUCGCAGUAUGGAUAUAACACGUUGUGAACAGCGACAAGUGAAAUACCUUCCGAAAACGUUCACCCUCCUGAUGACGCUAGCAGAGUGGCAGUGGAACAAUAGAACUGAUUGACUCUUGCUUCUCUCUGUAGCAUCUACUUUAUUCCUCUCUGAUUAGGUCGUUUGCUAAUUCUGACACAUAUAUCACACAGGGGUUCUUUCUAGGUUCAUCGCAGAUGAACCAAUUCGAUAACAGGCUGACGGAAUUAUUUGCAUAUAUCGCGUAAUGGCCAUCUCUGUUCGAUAAAGGAGGGAUUCGAUCGAGCUGUGUGAGGUUCCAUUGUUUAUGUUAUAUUGAUUGUUUAUCCUUGUGUGAACCCCUCCGACAACCUAAUCGAUGCAUGAAACGUAAUCGUAAGAACACGAGUGCGCGAACAUUAUAAAUAUCGUGUAAUAGGCAUAACAGUGUUACAGCUUCCCAGUUACGGAAUGGAGUAUGACGAAUAUGAAGAUUUUGAGAACUGUAUGACAUAUGAUGGUCCAAAACCAAUCAUUCGGAGACGAUUGGAAUGGAGUCCCGAGGCCUUGCUGAGGCUUCUCGCGGACGCUAUCACCUUCAAGUCGCCCAUAGAGGAUAUAACAUUGAUCAUCCGAUGCGGGGCGGACGUCAACGGUCGAGUCAAGAAAGGACUACGUCCGCUCCAUUACGCGGCCUUCGUCAACUACGUCGAGUGUGUCAAACUUUUGGUUGACAAUGGCGCUGAUGUGAACUUGACAGACGACAUUGGGUAUACCCCGAUGCACAUCUGUGCCAGAAAAGGAUACCACAAUGUGUUGAGCAUUUUAAUUACGAAUGGUGCGAAUUUGAAUUUUUGCAAACUUGGCGUGAUAGAAGAAGACAAUUUGAAUAAAAAGGACAGUUUUAUGACAAUGGCACCACUCAAUAUGGCGAUCGAAAACAAUCAUAUUGAAUGCGCUAGGCUUCUGUUAGAAAAUGGUGCUAGUCCACAUCAUAAAUAUUUCAUGGGUUAUGAAAUUAGUCUAGUACCACUUGAUAAUCUAGAGUGUAUGGAGCUUCUGCUUAGUCAUGGAGCGGAUCCCAACGUUUACAACAGAUGUGGCGUUACACCUUUAAUGAGGGCUUGUAAAGAACACAAGUUAUCGACUGUUAAAUUGUUACUGCAGUUUAAUGCUGAUGUGAAUGCCACAUGUCCUGCUAGGUUCGAACAACGAAGGCCAAUACACUUUGCAAUACAAGCAGGGGAUGUUGAUAUUACCGAGUACUUGUUGAAGAACGGUGCUUGUCUGAGCCGUCCAAAUAAUUACAAAUACAGUCCACUUCAUGAAGCAAUCGUCAAGGACAAUAUAGCACUAUGUGAACUCAUGCUCCAGUAUCAAGCCAAAGUGGAGGAGAGGACAGAACAUGGCGCUACGCCGUUAAUGCUUGCUUGCUCCCUGGUAGGUCUCAAAAAUCGGCGACAGAUCGUAGAGUUAUUACUGAACAAGAAUGCUAAUGUUAAUGCCUACUCGGAGCAAGUUAGUUACAUAGACCCAUAUCUUCCUCCUCUGAUAGAAUACUUGAAAAAUAAUGGCUGUGAUAUUCAUUAUGACGUCAUCUCUUUGCUCAUCAAAUUUGGCGCCAAAGUCAGUUUUCGUGGAUAUCUUGGAGUAGUUCGCGCCAAGGAUCCUUUUGGAAUUCUUCAUUUUAUGCACAACGUGUUCGGAAAGAAGGAUGUUUGUCAUUUACUUUUUGUAGCUGCCUGUUUGUAUGACAACGACAGCAUAAAACACGUCAACACUAUUAAUGUCGAAGCCAAAAAGUGCCUGAUGUCUUACGGAUGUCGACCAAGAGAACUAAAACAUCUUUGCAGGUUAUAUAUCCGGGAUCGAAUGUGCACCGGACUUCCGGAAAAAGUCAAAACACUUCCGCUUCCUAGUCUUGUCAAAUCCUACCUCCUUUUUGAUUUAUGAUAUAUAUUGUUUAUUUAGAUUUUUGUUUUAGAAUUGUUACUAUUGUUUCAGAGUUUAUUGUUAUCGUAGAAAGGUUUGAAGAUUAAAAUUUGUGAACAAAUUCCUUUAUUUUGGUCUA